AUGAAAUUCUCAUUCGCCCUGUUCACUUUUCUACAGCUAUCACAUGCCUUGCAUAUCCGCCUUGAGGGGCGUAACGCCGAGAAGCCACAACUCAAACGCAUAAUACAAGACUUGUCGUCGACCGAGCUCAGCGCAACGCUUUCCACAGCUGCCUCCAAUGCACAGAAACCGAAAAAACCAAUACCAUGGUGGAAGCUCCCUAACACUGACAACGGAGAGAUGAACGCCCUCACUGGACAGCAGUUUUAUCCCUUCGAUGACGACGACGACAACAACGGAAAUAACGACAACACGGGCGUCACUCCAGGCAACAUCGUCUGUCCUAUCAGCAAGUGCCAGAUUGGUGGAGUGUUGAACAAAGACUACUGUGGACCGCAUGCGCGAUGCGUAGGAAACUACUGCCAAUGCAACCUUGGAUGGAAACCGGCAAGCAACAUACCCAUGGCUCGAGGUUGGACCGGUCUUGAGGCACUCACUGUUUGGGUGGACAUGGCGCACACAGGAUGUGCUGAGCGUUGCAACAGUCUAUCGUGUUCAGAGGUUCCGCAGGUGAAGGGGUGCUUUGAUGCGCAGGGCAAACAUGACGAGAAUAAGGUGGGGGAUGAUCAGGAGCUGGCAACUGAUGGUCUACACUUGGGCGCGAUCAAAGCUCCGGGGGCAGAUGCCGGUAUGGAAUAUGUGGCCGGAGUCGCCGAUGCUGGUGGUAUUGGGCAGGCCACCUGA